AUGUCGAUAUUAGUGGAAGAGAAAGUUGAUGCUGAAAAAAAUGACAUUAGUAGUAAUGAUAAUGGCAUUGGUGAAAUACAACAUGAAUUAAUGGAAUGGCAUCCGACAAGUGGAUUACUCGCCUUAACAACAUAUCGUGCAAAUGUUGGAAGUGAAAUCAACUUUUUCACCCAUCAAGCUAAUAAAAGCGAUCAUUCGCCUAUUCGUAAAGCCAACGCACGUAUAAUGUUUCUGUGCUGGCAUCCUGUAAUUGAUAUUAUUGCAAUCAGUUGGGAUUCCGGUGAUGUUACGUUUCGUUUUGUUCAAAAUGAUGAAGAUUUUUCGCUUCCUAAUAAAAAUGUAUCAAAUGGCACGAUAAAAUGCAUGUUAUGGAGUGUAACUGAACUGAAAAUAUGCAUUAUUGAAAAGAGUGGUAGUAUAGCUCUAUGGAGAAUUGUAAAAGAUAACAAAAAAGGAACGUCGUUAAUGAAAAUCAUAGUUAAUGGUACAAUCAAUGAAGAGGCGAAUUGUAUUUGUCGAAAAAUAUCGAAAAGCAAAUCGUCCGAACAUGAAGACGGCAAACAAACGAAUGCCGAAAUCAACGAGAAAUGGAAAAAGCGUCAUACUGAAAUAUCAUCGACGGAUGAUGAAAAGAUGGAGUCAAAUGAAUGUUUUCUUAUCGGUAGUGCAAAUGGUGGCAUUCAUGCUUUCUAUCAUAAUGGUAAAAUUCGAGAAAUUUAUCGGUUGGAUAGUGCAGUGGUACAGCUAUUCUACAUUGAAACGAAAACUUUGUUGUUAGCUUUGAGCCAAGAAUUGUUUCUUCAUCAACUCAUAUUGAUCGAUGAUUACAAGGUUGAAGAAAAAAUGCGUGUUAAAGUAAAUGGAAAAGGACCAGAUUUGCAAAUAAUAACGAUGAAAACUGAUAUGCUUGCUAUGUGUAGCAGUGAAAAUCAAAUAAAAAUUUGGGAUUUGAAGAACGACGAGAAUGGAGUUUUAUUUCUAAAGACAACAAAAGGUUUCAGUGCCACAGAUACUAUUACUUGUUUGUCAUAUUCAAAUGUCAAAGAUUGUUUAUCAGGUGGAACCGCAGCUGGUAAAAUUGCUAAUUGGCGACAUUAUUACACAGAUGUAGAAAAAUUUGAUAAGCAAUGGGUUUUGCAGAAAGCAGUUAAUAUUGAUUCCAAAAUUAAAAUGAUCAGCUGGUCAACUAUUUCUGGUGUCCUCGCUGUUUCCACAGGAACUGCUGUAACAUUAUUAAAGGAACAGCCAAUUCUUUCACAUAUGAAUAAAAAUAUAGCAGUACUACAAUCAAAUUCAAAAAAAGUUUCACUGAUAUGUUUGCAAUCAAUAGAACAACACGAUAUACAGAUAUCAAUAAUCUUAAAAGGACUUCAUGUGGAUGAAAAGCAUCUGGCACUUUGGGAUAAUCAACAGAUACAUUUAUAUGAAAUAAUUAAUGAGUCGAAUGCAAAAUUAAGCGUACAACCGGUAUCAGUUUUCAACUGUUUAGCUUCCACUGUUGUUGUAUAUCAACAAAACGGUACUGUAAAGCAAGUAAUAUCGUUGCCAGAAAAAGAAGGUAAUCCCGUAAUAAUCGAUAUUAAUAAUUCCUGGUUGUGUGUUGCUAGUAUUAAUGGAUUUAUACGCAUUUAUGAUAUAUCUGCAAGAGAAGCACGUCAGCAAUAUCAUUCCAAAUAUAUUCCUGAAGCAGUUCAAAACUUCAAACAUUUUUUACAUGUUAAACUUAACAAAUUGGGCAAUCGCGUUUAUCCAGGUAUUAUGGUCUGGGAUGCUGAUUCAGAUAUUGUUUCAUAUUUCAAUUUUACUACUGGUAUGACCGAUCAGCAACAACAUGAAGCAAAUAAUAAUGCUACACUUACUGCAAUCAAUCGACCAAAUACUUCUUUUACGCGUGAGAUUGAAAAGAAACAAUUACGAUAUCGUCUUCCGGAUUACAUACCUGGUUUUCAUUGUUGGAGCAGUAAUGAUUCGCGUUAUUUGAUAUGUGAAGCAAAUCAUCAUAAAUCAAAUUCUGGACCAAAUUACUUGUUAUCAAUAUUUGUAACAUCGGAAGAUGGCUUGCAUAUGCAAGAUCUACAAUUACAAGCUCAAAAUGCCGAGAUUCUACUCGGUUGCACAGUACCAUAUAUUUAUUUUGUUCGCAAGGAUAAUGGUGAAAACGAAGAUCGAAGUAAUGAAAUGAAUAUUGGAAACUUGUUACUACGUCAAGUUCUUAGAGAAUUUAUUGGACUUGAGAAUUCUGAUACAGCAACUAGAGAUGCAAUGAUGAAUUUUUCAUAUUAUAUGACAGUUGGUAAAAUGGAUGAAGCAUUUAAGGCUAUCAAAUUCAUUAAAAGUGAAAAUGCCUGGGAACAUAUGGCGCAUAUGUGCGUCAAAACGCGACGUCUUGAUGUGGCUUUGGUAUGUCUCGGAAAUAUGGGAAAUGCAUGCGGUGCACGAGCUUUAAGAAAAUCAAUGCAAAAUGGUGAUCCUCUUGAAGUUCAAGUGGCUACAUUGGCUAUUCAACUAGGCUUGCUAGACGAUGCACAAGCACUUUUUGCAAGCUGUGGUCGAUAUGAUUUGGUCAAUCGCCUUUUGCAAACACGAAAUCGUUGGGAUGAAGCUUUUAAAAUUGCUGAAAAAUACGAUCGAAUACACUUACGAAACACAUACUACAAUUACGCAAAUUAUCUCGAAUCGCUUAAUUCAAUUGAUAAUGCAAUUGAAAACUACGAGAAAUCAGGCACUCAUCGUUUCGAAGUACCACGGAUGCUAUUUGAUCAUCCCAAAAUACUUGAAGCAUAUGUGAAGAAAACAAAAGAUUCGGGCAUACAAAAAUGGUGGGCUCAAUAUAUGGAAAGCAAAGGUGAUAUUAAAGCAGCACGCUUAUAUUAUCAAUACGCCAAAGAUUAUUUAUCGGUUGUUCGUUUGCUCUGUCAUAGCAGUAACAUAGAUGAAGCAGUUGAAAUAGCGAAUAGUAGUGGUGAUAAGGCAUCUUGCUAUCAUUUAGGACAAUAUUUUGAAGCGCAUGGCGACAUAAAUAAGGCGGUCGCAUUCUUCACAAAAGCACAUGCAUGCAGAAACGCAUUACGUCUUGCUAAAGAGAACAAUAUGAAAGAUGAAAUUGUCAAUUUGGCUUUAAUGGCUGGUGGAAAUGAAUUGGUUGAAGCAGCACAAUACUAUGAAAAUAUACCAGGACAAGCUGAUAAAGCUGUUAUGUUAUAUCAUAAGGCCGGUAUGAUUGGUCGGGCUCUUGAUCUGGCAUUUCGUACGGAGCAAUUUAGUGCAUUAGAUUUGAUCACCAAUGAACUAGAUGAAAAUUCGGAUCCACGAAUUCUUGAACGAGCGGCGGAAUUUUUUAAAACUAAUCAACAAUAUAAUAAAGCUGUCCAACUUUUAGCUUAUUCAAAAAAGUACUCAGAAGCAAUUGAUUUAUGCAAACAGAGAAAUGUUCCAAUGAACGAGACAUUAGCGGAAGUAUUAACACCUUCGAAAGGAGAAGUAUCGAGUGAAGCUGAUCGAAUAAAACUUCUGGAAUCAAUAGCCGAAUGCUGUAUACAACAACGGAAUUAUCAUUUUGCAGCGAAAAAGUACACUCAAGCUGGAAAUAAGUUGGAUGCUAUGCGAUCAUUAAUCAAAUCAGGUGACACUGGAAGGAUUAUAUUUUUUGCGACAGCAGCAAGAAAUAAAGAAAUUUAUAUUCUAGCAGCUAAUUAUUUGCAAACGUUGAAUUGGAAGGAGGAUGGCGAUCUGAUAAAACAAAUUGAGUCAUUUUAUAAUAAAGCUAAUGCACACGAACAUUUGUCGAGCUUCUAUGAAGCUUGUGCGCAGGUUGAAAUUGAUGAUUACCAUGAUUAUAAUAAAGCGAUCGAUGCACUUAAUGAAGCAUCACGUUGUAUUACAAAAGCAUUACAAAAAAAUCCUAAAAAUGAAGAAUAUUUAACGGAAAAACAAGCGGAAUUAUAUAAAGCUAUUGGAGAUAUUAGAGAAUUCAUUCAAAUUAAAACUACUUACGAAUUGGAUCCAGUUGAUACAAUUCAACAGUUAGAAGCAUUGGCAGGUGAUAAGCAAGCUUGUAAGAAUAUACGACUUGGUGACAUCUACGCUGUGAUAAUUGUACACAAUGCUUACUCGUUGAUAGAGCAAUUGAAAGAACAUGAACCAGGUAUCGAAUUAAAUCAUUACGUGAGCAAAGAAAUACAAGACGUCAUUCGUGAUGAGCUAAAACUGCCUAAUUUCAUCAAUGAUGGAAAAAAUGGGUCAAGAUUUAGUGAACAUCAAGAAUUUGAUGAUGAUGAUGAUGAUGAUGAUGAUGAAGUAGAUUAUAGCUAUGCAAUGAAGAGGCAUUUUCAAGGAAAUAGCAAAGUAUUCGAUGGAACGGAUUUUGAACAUAAUUUGAAGUAA